UGGUGCAUAUAAAAUGCACUUUGGUCAGUUGCUUUAAAGCGAUGUAUUCUGCACGCACUACUUACUUUGUUUUGAAGGGAUUAAUACCACCAAAGUCCGCGCAGUUUUCUUCUGUUGCCAGUUCAGGAAUCACUCAUGAGUGAAUAACACCUAAGCUUGCGUAACAUUUCUGAACUUUUUCGUUGCAUGACUUUUCGUGUGCAAAACACUGCGGCAACUUAAAUGUUAUUCUCUAAAGUUAGUGAAUAUUCGCAAGGCUCGCGCUUGAAUCGCGAGCGCUAUAGAUGGAGGGGGGCGUGUGAGAACAGCGCGCGUGUCAGCAUCAUCGCCAUCGAUGCGCGUUGCGCUCGGAAAAUCACCGCGUUUAGCCGAUACGCAGUUCAUUUGUACGCGCGCGGGCCAAGGAUGAUGCGUGAAACAUCCGCGCAGUUGUCAAAAAUAAUCGGACCAGUUUAGACCAACGGCAGAAUAAACAAGAUUAAAGAUAUUUAAAUAGCGAUAAAUAAAAUAGGUCAUGUUUAUUAAUAGAGCACGCACGAAGUAGCUGAUCUCACUGGGAAAUGUGGAAUAUCUGCUAAAGUGGCAAGGGUGGGCGCCUAAGUACAGCACUUGGGAACCAGAGGACAAUAUACUGGACCCUCGUCUUGUCCUCGCCUAUGAAGAAAAGUAAGUCGCACUCUGAUGAGGAGAUGAAUAUGCUGGAGGCAACGGGAUGUUCUUUCCUUUCCAUCUCCCAAAUCCUUUGCAAAUCUCUUUCUAACAGAGAGGAGAAAGACAGAGCUCUGGCUUAUAAGAGGAAGGGCUUGAGACCUCGUCAAGUUAUUCUGCGGAGCAUCUACCCAAUGGACCUACGAAGUAAACACAAGGUUCCAGAUAAACCUACCCCGAGAAUCCGCCUGUCACUCACCCGCUCCAUGGGGACGGAAAUAGACCAGAAUGGACGGCGCUACCGUCCCAUAGAGAAAUACAAGAACAGGCAUUGCAGGUCCAAGCUCGUGAAUGACAUCAAACCAUCCCAGUAUUCACUUCCUGCAAAAGACUCAGAGAAAGAGUGGGAUGAAGACGAUGAAGAUGAGCAGGAGAACAAAGUGAAGAAGAUGAGGGAAAACGAAGAAAAAACAACAGAAGUGCACCAGGACAUUCCAAGUAGUCAAGAGACAACGGAGGGGUACAGCUCUUCGGCAGAAGAUGAAGCUGUAAUCAUCAUCAAGGAAUCUGAGAACUGCUCUUCCAUUUAUGACCAUGCUGAGAAGCCAAGCGAGGAUACAAGUCAAGUUUUAGGAGCAACAGAAAACAGUACAAUCACUAACACACAAGAGAACGAGCCAGUCACAAACACUACAGGGGGUGAGGACUCCGUACGGGUAUCACAUGACACAACAAACACUGACCAAUCACUACACAGCACCGAGUCGGGAGCCAAGCAAGUUGUGUUUGACCAAGUACAGAACAGACCUUCGGUUAUCGAGGUACAUUCGAGCACUAAAUGUAGACCGGAAGAGGUAAGAGAAAGUGGUGAGGUAGACCAUUCAGAGGCCAAAGAAAAGGAAGGAAUGGAUGCUGAAAUUACAGCAGAACGCACAUUACUACAGGUCCCAAUUGACCAAUCACAAACUCCCUCCACCACCACAGUGCAUCCUGGGAAAGUCACUGUGACUCAGGUGACGAUAAAUUCCUUGACCGUCACCUUCAAAGAGGCCAUGAGUGCAGAAGGCUUUUUUAGUGGCGAUGGGCUUGAGGUGUAAGUUGACAAAGGAACCCAAGAACAUACAAUAGAUUCAUGUACAUUUAGUCAGGACCAAGUGAAUAAUACAGUUUGCAGUAGUGAAGCAGAUAUCGUCUAUAAACAAGGUAAAGACAUCAACAAGGCAUCGGUUUUCUGAAGUUUAUCCUUGUGUCAUUGUGGUGAAAUAACCUUUGAAGGACGACAUUUCUGAUUAUACUCAGUGAUGCUGUAUGCGAAGACUUUUAAGCAUGUAAAGUGAAUCUUUGUACCUGUACCACUACUUUUCCAUCAGCGGCAGUCAUUGACAUAACAAUGAGGAGAAACUGUUUUUUAGUUCCGACUUGAAGACUAAACUACUGUUACGUCACCUCUUUUGUCCUGUAAACAACCAUGUGGGAAAAGGAAAGGCCCACCUGGCUUUGUUUCCAUAUCUGCACCUGAGCUGUCUUCACUGUGUUUGGAGGCCUUUGUGCAUUUUUAAAGAGACAGUAUUGGUUUACAUUCACAACUGCUACAGUGGAUGCUUUCGUAGGGGUAGAUCCUGUUCAUCUGAACACAUGUGCUUUAGGUGUGCUUUUAGCAUGGCAGAAAUCAAAGUCGAGCCUAAAUUACAUGUUUUGGUCGUGGUGAUAGUUGAACAUGGCUUGUCAGCUCUGUUGUUGCUCUCACGUGACAACUACACUUUUUUUUUUUUGCUUGCAUUUACAGCAAAUAAAUGGGAAAAUAAA